UGUGACACAAUCACUAUAUCCUGUGCAGGUUUUCAUUCUGUGCAGAGGAUGUACGGCUGUGAGCUGUAUGAUGACGGCAGCACCAGGGGGUAUUGGCAGGACGGUUAUGAUGGGAGAGAAUUCCUCACCCUGGAUACAGACAGAGGGAUCUUUGUCCCUAUAAUGACUGAGGCUCAGAUCAGUGCACAGAGAUGGAACAGCCCAGAGGUUGGUGAGGCUGAGAGACACAAGAAUUACCUGCAGGGGGAGUGUAUUGAGUAUCUGAGGAAAUACAUCAGCGCUGGGAGCGCGGAGCUGGAGAGGAAAGUUCUCCCACAAGUGAAAGUUUCCGGUCACCAAUCAGACGCUGUGACAAAGCUUCACUGCCGGGUGUACGGGUUUUACCCUAAAGCUGUGGAUGUCAAGUGGGUGAAAAACGGAGAAAUCGAUUUAAUGUCAGAGGAGGCAGCACAGGUCCUCCCCAACCCUGAUGGGACCUAUCAGCUCAGGGUCACUGUGGAGGUGAUACCUAAGGACGGGGACAGUUUCUCCUGUCAUGUGGAUCACAGCAGCCUGAAGGAGCCGCUUACUGUGCUUUGGGAACCGAAGAAAGAUUCCCAGAGUUAUAUCUACAUCAUUAUUGCUGUUAUCCUGCUUAUCGCUGCUGCUGCUGCUGCUGCUGGAUACUUUGUGUACAGGCCACAAGUCACACACAGACAAGUGACGUGCUGACGCAUCCGCCAGUAACUGAGUGGGAGGAGUCACACACAGACAAGUGACGGGCUGACGGAUCUGCCAGUAACUGAAUGGGAGGAAUCACAUCCCUUCCCGUGUGCGCUGUGUGUUAAUAUCACUCCUGCACAUACAGCUGACUCUGUCACAUACACAUCUGUAAUAAGCCGCUUCUACAUUAUACACAAUUGUUUUACUGUCAUUUUACUACUUUCUCUUAGCUUAAUAUACAGUAAAUUCAUCACACACACAAUAAUGUUACACUGUAUGACUCAUUCAGUACAUAGUUCAUUCAUUUACUUAGCUGCAAUAGGGAGAACUGAGAUAGGUUUGUAAAUGUGUUUGAUAAAUUAUAAUGUUAAUGUAAAUAUAGUGAUUCUCUUUAAAGUUGCAGUGUUUUUCUUAACUAUGUAGGAUUUCCAAUCAUUGGUGCCAAAAACUAUAGAAUUAAAAGAUACAAUUUCCAUAUCCCAUAUUUCCCCUAUAUUUCAUAUACAUCAUAUAACAACAAUGUGAUCCCCUCACCCCUAUAAUACUAUACAUGUGUUAUAAAAACCAGACCUCGAGCUCUGGCAGCACACAAUCUGUUAUGUAUUAUAUUUAUUAUAUUGUUGUCAUUGGAGCAGAUUAAUUUGAGACCAUUAUGGCCAAUCAUUUGCAAUAUUUAGCGCUGCGGAAUCUGUUGGCGCUGUACAAAUAACCGAUAAUAAUAAUAAUAAAAAAUAUUUCUUUAAAUAGAAUGUUUCACAAUAUACAAAGAGUUAUUUUACCCACAGGUUAGGUCAUCCAUAGAUAUAUUAAUGCUAUACUAUAUCUUUAAGUAUCAUUAGUUUAGAUUUUGACAAUUUAUUUGGUAAAAAUUUGGUUGAAUUUUAAUUUAACCACCCUGUUCUCUAACAUUUACUGGGGAAAGAGCAGGUUCCCUAUCUGAGAAUUCUAAAGUCCUGAGACACAAACUGACUCGGUUACAUCUGGUCGGUCUCAAACCCUCAAGGGUAAACAUUGUGCAAAUCAUUUACUAAUCAAUAUUACUGACCCGAGACCAAGAGGGUUCUUAGCCAGGAAUUGUGCAUCACUUCUGAAAGUACUUUUUACCUGAUUCUUUUUCUAUUAAAUAAAUAAAUAAAAAUAUUUUUAAACAAA